UAUAAGAUUCUGUCACACCAUAAUGAGAAUUAUUUUUGAUUAAUCUAAAUAAUACUUAUUUUUAAUUUAAAUAUUCUUCAAUUUUUAUUGUACAAUAUUAUGAAUUAGAAAUUCUUAUUGUUAUUGAAAUAUCACCAUUGCCUGUUCGAAUAUGAGACUGUACACUCAAAGAAAGAACAAGGGGAGUUGCAUUGUUUGAAAAUAUAGUGCUUCAAAGCAGAAAUAAUUUUAAUAAACAAUACGUAGAAAGAAAGUAUAUGGCUGAUAGUUGGAAAUUAAAGGAAUAUGAAGGACGUAAAUUAAUAGGAUUUUCAAUGGAGCAAAUAUACGAAGUUGUAGCAGACGUGAAAAAUUAUAAAGACUUUGUACCAUUUUGUAAAAAGUCUGAUGUUAUAUCAUAUGACGAUACCAGUCUUAAAGCUAAUCUAGUCAUAGGAUUCCCGCCAAUAAAAGAAAGCUACACUUCAAAAGUAACUAUGGUCCGGCCACGUUUAGUAAAAGCCGAAUGUACGGAUGGUAGAUUAUUUAAUCAUUUGAAUACUUUGUGGCUAUUCAGCCCAGGAUUAAAAAAUAAUGCACAAACGUGUGUAAUUGACUUUUCCUUGUCGUUUGAAUUUAAGUCAUUAAUACAUUCACAUUUUUCGAAUUUAUUUUUUAAUGAAAUUGUAAGACAAAUGGAGAAUGCUUUUAUUGAAGAAGCCAAACGUAGAUAUGGCAGACCCUGUAUAAAAACGGUGCGAUUAGAAAGAUGACAAAUCGUGUCAAUUGGUUUAUUAAACAAUUAUCGGCAAUUGUAAGGAAUACUUCAGAAAUAAAUGAAGCUAUACUCAUAAAA